AUGGGUAGAGCCGGCAGCAGCCCAGAACCCCCUGAAGAGGGGAGCCCCGUUCGACUCCGUUAUUUCUCUUUCCGCGCCUUUUCCUUUUCCUCUAGAUGGAAGGAAGGCGACAGAUCGAUGACAGAAGAGAAAGGCGGGAAAAAGUUGGUGGCGAAGUCAUCCUCAAAACGCAUGGACAAGUCUCGCACAUCAAGUUCAGAAAAGCGAGCAAAGAAAACAGCAUUGUCUGUCCGUUCGAUCAUUAUUGGUCCUUCUUCCCCCCUUUCUCCCAGACUCACUUCAGCGGUUGCGAAGCCUCAAUUACUUGUCAUCAAGUCCCAGCUCAUGCGGCCGAAGACAGCGAAGAAACUCAUUGCUCAGUUGCGCCUUCUGCCGGCAACGGGGGAGCCAAUACGAAGGACCUCCACUUAUAAUUCCCAUGUCGUCCCGGCAUCGCCCAUUCACGCAGUCUGCCUGGGUCACACCGAUGCAGAGGAGGACCUACUCCAUUUUACUAAGUUACACGUCCCCAAUACCGCCACAGGGAGCAAACGGGAAACUCUCGACGUUGUGUCAACCCCCGUUGAUAAGCUAACUGACCUUUUCAACGAAAUGCAUAUCGUUGACCUGCUAGCUGCCCCCGAUCUGGGACUAGGCCAACCUGGAAACGGAAGCGGCCUAUUGGCUGGUGCUGUUCCAACUGCAAAAACAGUCCUCGAAGGUGUGAAACAGAUUACCCCACAAUUAAUGGCGUUGGGUUAUGCAACAGGCAGGGCCAUUCUGCCAGACCACAACGGCGUCCACCCACCAACUGACCGAUUGUCAGUGAUCACAUAUUGGUGGGGGCUCGAGAUACUACUGCCCCCUCCGACUUUGGAAUAUCUCGACAGCGCUCAAUCGGUGACAGGCUCUGUCGUGAAUUUUUUGUCAGCCUUAGCCUUGAUCAACAACGGAGUCCGAGAAAUCCUCCCGUUCAUUCGGUACAUAGCUCAAUACAUCGAUUUCGAAUGGAACGCUAUCAAGCGACAAGACCAGGGCCAAGGAGUUAUUUGUGCAGCUACAUGGAUUAUGCCAGCAGCCAUGGUACCCCGUCCUUGGGACUUCCCCCCAUUAACAGAACCAAGUCCGCAAAACGGUGUAACACAAAUAGGUCAAUUCCCCGUUGACGCACCCAUUUCUUCACCGCUGACUCUUGACCUCGUUGCCGAGGCGACUAUCGACGGGAUGUCUCAGCGUAAAACUCGCUAA